CCUCCCCUGUUUUCCUCCUCUGCGUUUUUUUCAAGGUGAACCUUUGAUUCUCUAUAAACUCUGUUCUUCUUCUUCUUUAUCUUCAGAAUUUUACUAAACCUAUCAAAAAAAAUCAUUACUUGAAUGGAAAUCCCAUUGCCUCUGAAUAAGCUAUCUCUACCAUCAAUAACCAAUGGGGAUAGUGUAUAUGUCGUUUUCGUAUCUACUGGAAGCUUCAAUCCUCCUACUUUGAUGCAUUUACGCAUGUUUGAGCUGGCCAGAGAUGCAUUGAAUUCAGAUGGGUUUUGUGUUAUAGGAGGCUAUAUGUCACCUGUAAAUGAUGCAUACAAGAAAAGGGGCCUUAUAGCUGCUGAACAUCGAAUCGAGUUGUGUAAUUUAGCCUGCAAAAGUUCUGAAUUUAUAAUGGUUGAUCCUUGGGAGGCAAACCAAAGCUCUUUUCAGCGCACUCUAACUGUUUUGUCUCGAGUCAAGAGCUUCUUGACUGAGGGUGGACUGAUACCCAAGGAAUCCCUUAAAGUCAUGCUUGUUUGUGGUUCUGAUUUACUUCAAUCUUUCAGCAUUCCUGGCUUUUGGAUCCCGGAGCAGGUUAGAUCCAUAUGCAAAGAUUAUGGUGUGGUUUGUAUUCGCAGAGAAGGACAAGAUGUGGAAAAAAUCAUCACUGAUGAUGAAAUUUUGAAUGAAAACAGGGAUAACAUUAAAAUUGUGGAUGAACUAGUACCAAACCAAAUCAGUUCAACAAAAUUGAGGGAAUGCAUUUCAAGAGGAUUGUCUAUAAAAUACCUGACCGUAGAUGAAGUCAUUGAUUAUAUCAGAAAACACCAUCUGUACUUGAACUUGGAUGAAAAGUGAUGAUUGAAUCAACAAAUCUUUAAAUUCUUAUCUGUAAAAGACCAUAAUUCUUUUAACUCUUUUCUGUAAAAGACCAUAAUUGAUUAAAUAAACAUGGUGGCUUACAAU